UUCAUCCAACACCCGGCACCCGGCACAAAGCGACAGACAGAGCGAGAGAGAGAGAGAAGAGAGCAGGCAGACGAAAGAGACCCGGGGAGAGAGCAGGGGAGAGAUCUAAACGUAGAGAGAGAAGCGAGGAGACACGCAGGGAGAAACAGGGAGGGAGACGAGCAGAGAGAGAGAGAGACACGCGGGGAGAGACGCGCAGAGAGAGACACGCGGGGAGACGAGCAGAGAGAGAGAGACACGCGUUUGAGAGACGAGCAGAGAGAGACACGCGGGGAGAGACGCGCAGAGAGAGACACGCGGGGAGAGACGAGCAGAGAGAGAGAUACGCGGGGAGAGACGCGCAGAGAGAGAGAGAGAGAGACCCGCGGAGUGACCGAGAGAGGCGGGGAGCGAGGGAGAGACGGUGGAAGAGACGGAGAGACGGGGCCGGGGAGUCGGGAGAGUCGGAGGAGUCGCGCCGCGGAGCGAGGCUCUGCGGAGUCCGAGGAGCAGGGUCGGAUGUCAGGCGAGGGUCGUGAGGAUGCGGACGAAGCCGAGCCACCUUUACCUCUACCUGCCCGCGGUGUCGUGUCUACUCGUGGUGAUGGGGCUGCCCCCGGCACUGCCCCUCCCUGCCCCUUGUGCCAAGCACGAGUACCGGGACCCCCAUGGGACCUGCGCCCCCUGCCCACGCUGCCCCCCCGGGCAGGAGCUUGACCAGGAGUGCGGCGCGGGACGUGGAGGACUGGGCCUCGGUUGCCGGCCAUGCCCCCAGGGCACUUUCUCAGCGGCGGGCACGGCACCGUGCGUGCCCCACGCGGCCUGCGCGGGACGUCUCUCGCGGAGCGAGCGCAAGCGCGGGUCCAUGACGGCCGACAGCGAGUGCGGCCCGUGCCUACCCGGGUUCUUCAGUCCUGGGGAGGCAGGAGACGCGAGCCCCCCAGUGCCGUGCUCGCCCUGCAGCGCCGCCCCCGCCGGAACGGCCGCGUGUGACGGAGGGACCACGACAUCACCAACAAUAAUCACUGCCCCGUCGACAGAGGCGGUCGCACGGACGGGGACUCGCGGGGGGAAGCUGCCAGGGCUACAGGACGACCCCGUGGAAGCACCAGGCAGGGCCAGUGGGGAACGGCAACAGCAGACCCAUGGCGAUGAUCGUCAUCAUCAUGAUCAUCAUCAUCAGCAGCAAGAGGAAGACGACACGAGCGGCGGGUCAGCCAGCACAGCGGGCACCGAAUCCCCGGCCCCACGGGCCCCGGGCCCCGGCGUCCGCACGGCCACGGCGACCCCGCCGGCCUUCCCGACCCCCGAGACAUCGGAGAGCGCCGCGGUGGUGGAGGGGAGCCCGCGACCCCUGCCCGACUUCGGCUUCUUCGUGCUGGUGCCGGUGUUUGGGCUCACGGGGCUGCUCGGGGUCCUCGUCUGCCACACGCUCAAGGCGCGCCGGGCCCGCGGCGCCACGGAGAGCGUCGGCGGCGGCGGAGGAGGAGGGGGCGGAGGGGGCUCGGGGCUCGCGGGCGCCGACUGCAAGGAAGGUGCGAGCUUGCUGCUGCCGACUGCCCAGUACUACGCCGGUAACGAAGACACGAUUGGCCAGCUGGUGAAAUACUUUCUGCACAAGAACGGAAACGUGGAGGCUCUGCAAGCCUUGGCCAUGGAAUGUGGGCGACUGGAGACUACGGACAGCAUGGCGAGCGGCUUCUGCUCACCGUCCGAGACUCCGCAGCACUGCCAGCUGUCCCCCCUGCACUCCCCCCCUCCGCAUCACCACCACCACCAGCAGCAGCAGCACCAGCAGCAGCAGGCGCCCCCCCCGGGCUGGCUGCACGCGCACACGGUGCACGCCUCGCACUCGCGCUGCGCCUGCACGCGCUGCCGCCACACGCUCUGGACACAGCUGCCCUGGACCCCCUGCCCCCCAAUCGGCGCGAGGACGACACCCAGCCGCCAGGGGCGCCCUGCGGACGCCGCGGGUCAGGCCAUCGGCAGGUUCCGCGUGAGCCAAAUCCCCGAGCAGAGGGAGUGGGGGAGCGCGGCCGAGGAGAAGAAUCUCCUGGAGAUGAGCGACAGCGACGGGGACGACUCGGCGAGCGGCCACAUGGCUCUCGACAAUCCCGGGGGGCCCGGGGCCCCCCAAUCCCACCACCCGCUCCCCCGGGCGCAGACCGACACUAAGCUUUGUUUGUUAGCGUGAGUUGUGGGGGGCUAGAGCCCCCCCCCUCCCCCAACCAACCACAGUUCACGAAACUCAGCUAACUAUAACAACAGCCAAUUCCUAACCGCAUGAAGUAUUAUCGUGGUGCAGGAGGGAAUCGCUGCUGCUACUGCGUCUGUCGCUACACCAGCCUCCCCCCCCCCACUGCCCCAGUAUAAGAGUGGGCGAGCGUGUGCGUUAGACCUCUUGUUCAUCCGCAUCGGCUUUAAUAACAGAGGGCACAUUUCAGACUCGGGGACGAGUGGUUGGCGGUGCCCCCGCGGUUGAGCCGGCUCCUGCGGUGCGCCGAGUCGAUGGCCCACCGCCCGGAGGCCGCCCGUGGGUGGGACGGCGCGGGGCCAUGGCGGCACGCCGCACGACCACCGCGCACCGCGUGGCCGUGCGGAAGCUCUUCACAACGGUUCCUAUUCCUCCGCCGCGAAGGGCACAACAGCAGCGAGCGUGAGUCUGUGCGCGAGCGAGCGAGCGUGAGUCUGUGCGCGAGCGAGCGAGCGUGAGUCUGUGCGCGAGCGAGCGAGCGUGAGUCUGUGCGCGAGCGAGCGAGCGUGAGUCUGUGCGCGAGCGAGCGAGCGUGAGUCUGUGCGCGAGCGAGCGAGCGUGAGUCUGUGCGCGAGCGAGCGAGCGUGAGUCUGUGCGCGAGCGAGCGAGCGUGAGUCUGUGCGCGAGCGAGCGAGCGUGAGUCUGUGCGCGAGCGAGCGAGCGAGUGGGAGCGUGCUCGGUGAUUAGCACACUGCGCAAUGAACCCCGGCGGCCCGAGUUCAAUUCCCACUCGCGGCCAAUAAUGGUGGCAGAUAUUUUUUAACCUCCUCCGAGGUCGACUCAGCUUUCACUGAGUAGCCUGGUGCAGUGUGUAAACCUUAGUACUGGGGAGACAAAGACGGCCGGGUGUGGUGCUGGCCACCCACUCGACCUCGUGUGCAGUGUCGGACUUGAUAGGUGCUGGCUAACAGCGUUUGCCCCCAACGGUCUGUUAAAGGCUAUACGGGGGAUCUUGAUCUUUGCGUGAGUGUGCGUGUGUGUGUGCGCGUGUGCGAGUGAGCGUGGGCUGCAGGACAGACAGGGUUUCACGGGGACAUUUUUCCCGAAAAGCCACCGCGUGAACAUUCGGAGCACACGUCUCCAGCUCUGAGCAAUUCGCAUUUCAGUUUGGGUCUCCGUGCGAUGGUCACUGGCGCCACUGUCGUCAGUGAGAGGGGGCACCGCCGCCGAGUUUGUGGAUCAGAGGCAGCCGAACGGGCCUCGGAAGCGGUUCCGUGAUAUCACCUUCCACGGGCCGCUCUCCGACCGUCACACAGCUCACAGCUAGAGGUCCAAAUGAACAUUUCUGUCUUCGCGAUGGCGCUCGGCACAGUGAAGCUACCCAUUGCGUUAAGUUGCGGUUGUGGUCGGCCGCGUCAGACAGCUGAAGUGAAAAUAUUAAUUUGGUGGGGAACUCACUCCAGAAAGUUGGGGUUGAUCUUCUCUUGAGUUGUCUUUGUGCAGCUGACCACCACACGCAGAGAGGGGCAGCCGAUGCAGAUGGACUCUCCACAAAUCGUGGAGCCAUCCCGAGGGCACGAUCCUCCUCCGCCCCCCACUUAAGCUGACUGGUUUACACGCACGCAGGGCUUAAUCUCAUGGAAUACAGCCAGGGCCCCCCAACUCCCGGAUCCCACCCCGCCAACCCCCCCCCCCCGCCCCCCCU